ACCGUUUAUUGAGAAAAAAAAAGAAAAGAAAAUUCAAAGAGAUAACAUUUCUUCUCUCUAAGCAAAAAAAAACUUCACCACCAAAAUCUUCUUCAUCUUCUCUUCAACUCAAUAACUCCAUUGUUUCUUUGUGGUAAAUAAUAAUAAUGGGAGUUCAAGAAAACGACACUCUUUCACAAUUGAGUUUACCACCUGGUUUUCGAUUUUACCCAACCGAUGAAGAGCUUCUUGUUCAAUAUCUAUGUCGCAAAGUAGCUGGUCAUCAUUUUUCUCUUCCAAUCAUUGCUGAAAUUGAUCUCUACAAAUUCGACCCAUGGAUCCUUCCAAGUAAAGCGAUUUUUGGUGAAAAAGAAUGGUAUUUCUUUAGCCCAAGAGAUAGAAAGUACCCAAACGGGACUAGACCCAAUAGAGUAGCUGGAUCUGGGUAUUGGAAAGCUACUGGAACUGAUAAGAUUAUCACAAACGAAGGUAGAAAAGUUGGUAUCAAAAAAGCACUUGUUUUCUAUAUUGGUAAAGCUCCUAAAGGCACCAAAACUAAUUGGAUUAUGCAUGAGUAUCGUUUACUUGAUUCUUCUCGAAACAACGGCGGCACCAAGUUAGAUGAUUGGGUUCUGUGUCGAAUAUACAAGAAAAACUCAAGCGCACAAAAAGCGAAUCCUAACGGCGUUGUUUCGAGCAGGGAGUACACACAAUACAGUAACGGUUCAUCUUCGUCUUCUUCUUCCCACAUCGAUGAAGUUCUGGAAUCACUUCCGGAAAUUGACGACCGGUGUUUCAUGCUGCCACGUGUCAAUUCGCUGAGAACGAUGCAGCAUCGUCAACAGGAAGAAGAGAAGCUGAAUCUUCAGAAUAGUUUCAUGGAUUGGUCUAAUCCGUCGUCGAUUCUGAACACUGUGACGGAGUUUCAAGAAGCGCAAACUCAAGGGAUGGUGAAUUUUGGUGGUUGUAAUGACGUUUAUGUCCCUUCUGUAUCCACGUUAUCGGUACCGGAGAAGAAACCGACGGAGGAGGAGGUUCAGAGUGGGGCGAGAGCGAACCGGGUUGAGGGUUCUGGUUUAUUUCAACGCGGUGGUUCGAGCGAUUUUACUCAAGGAAUGGGAUAUUCUUAUUCGGUUGACCCGUUUGGUUUUAGAUACCCGGUUCAACCGGUUGGAUAUGGGUUCGGGCAAUGAACUUGAUAGGAGAAUUUGUUAUUUGUAAUAGUGAAUGUGCAUGUGGUGUAAAUAGGUGGGGAUUCUUUUAGCCUAACAAGUUCGCUUUUAGGAAAGUGGAAUAAUUUGAAUUUUGGUCCUCAUUUUCGGCUAGGGAUUUAUUUGGAGGUGGAGGAAAUUAACAUUCUAUGAAUCUAGGUUUGGGAUGUUGAAAAAUUAAUUGGUAAGGAAUCAAUGUAGUUUAGCCACAUGAAUCACGUUUUGUUGUACUUGAAAAUGAAAUAGGGAUUGCAUUUGUUUGCAGUUA